UCAAUUGAAAACCAACACACACACAUACAGACACACACACACACAAAGCAUAUUUGAGAAUUUUAAAAACAAACAGUUGGGCCAAACUAAAAUUAACAACAUUCCCCACGGACACAGUUUUGAGUCAUUUGAAAACCCACUUGGAUCAGGAAUCACAGACAAAAGCUAAAAAACUCUGUUUGGGAUAACGAAUUUUGCAUUAAAAAUCAGCUAAAACUUAAUAAACAUUUGGGAUAUUUCUUUCGGGAAAACUUAAGAACACAACAAUUGUGGAAAACAGCUGUACCAGAAAGAGUUAAUAACUGUUAGUUGUUGAAAGCCAAUGCGCAAGAAAUUACAUUUCAGUCAGUUAUUUCGAAUAAUCAUGUGAAAAUGACAUGUUUUUUGGGUACUCAUUGAAGUCAAUAAGAAAGAAGCAAAGGCUAAAGAGCAAAGUUUUAAUAUAAUUUCAAUCAAAACAAGAAGAAAACGAACAAAUUGAACAAAACUAAAUAAGACAAAACUAAAUAAGAAGAAAGGAACUUCAAAUGAUAAUAAAAUGCGAGCUUUCAAAAGAAACAAAUGAAGCAGUAAAAUAAACAAAAACAAAAAACUCAAAACCAAACAAAAAAAAAAAAAACCUGCAAAAAUGUGCAACACGAGUCAAUAAAAACAAAGGCCAACGACAAAGAAGCGUAAAGCUUAAAUUAAGUGCAAGAGCAGCACAGGAUAAUCGCUGUGCAGCCAAAAAGGACGCUGCGUACAACUAUCUACAACAACAGCAACAAAAAUACCCAAACAGUAAGAAGGCGAAGAAGAAGAAGAAGAAGCAGAACAAGAACAAGAACUAACACAAAAUGGCCAUAAAUUUCUCGGCCUCCUUUGCGGCCUGCAUAGCGGCAGGCCUGAAGGUUCCCCGCCAGAUAAUGUACUGCAUCACGCAGGACACGGGCCAGCCGUACGUUCUCUACAAGGACUCGCAGGACGCGGAACGCAAUGCCGGCGCCAUUGGCGCCAGUGCAGCCCAAUGGGGCAGCGAAAUGUAUCCAAACAUCCAGCAACAGGCCCAGCAACAUCUCAACGCCCAGCAGCAACAGCAGCAGCAACAGCAACAACAGCAGCAACAGCAGCAGCAGCAGCAGCAGCAGAACGCAACAGUCGCUGCGCAGGCAGCAGCAGCUGCGGCGGCGGCGGGCCAGCCGCAGAGUCCGCCGGGCGGCCAGGAGCCGCGGGACAAUGGCAGCGGCGAUGGACGCCAGCAGCAGGUGUCGCCAUCCUCCAGUCCGUAUCCGUCGGUGCAGCAGCAGCAGCGAGCGAAUGGCAACGCCGACGAUGAUGCCAUGAAUCAGCUUGCCAAUCAACAGAACUCCGCGCCAAAUCCAAACCAAAGCAGCAACGAGCCGCAGCACGCGCCGGCGAACGCCGGCGAGGCUGGGCAGGGGAAUCCGCACGUGCAGCAGAAUGGCGGUGGACAGCCGCAAGGUGAUCCCAGCAAUGGCUUCCAGACGCCCGACUACUAUGCGCCGCGCCAUGGAGCGCCGCAGGGCGGCAUGCUGGCGCCACCUGGCUUUCCGCCGCUGCACUAUCUCAACAAGCUGGAGCAGAACGGGGGCGAGGCGUAUGCGCUGCCCGAGCUGCUGCCGGGACAGCAGCAACAGCAGCAGCAGCAGCAGCAGCAACAGCAGCAGAAUGGGGCACCACCGAACGGCGGCAACCAGAAUGGUGGCCCGGCGAAUGGCAAUGCCAAUGAGAGUGGUGCGGCGGCCAAUGGGGUGGCAGCCGGCGCUGCGGGCGCCACGGGGACGCCGGGCGGACGCACGGGACCGGGACGCCCGCACAAGAACAAGCCGCACAGCGAUCUGCGACUGUUCAAGUGCCUGACCUGCGGCAAGGACUUCAAGCAGAAGAGCACACUGCUGCAGCACGAUCGGAUACACACGGACGCCCGUCCAUUUCCGUGCUCCGAGUGCGGCAAGCGGUUCCGCCAGCAAUCCCAUCUGACGCAACACCUGCGCAUCCACGCAAACGAAAAGCCAUUCACCUGCCCGUACUGCUCGCGCAGCUUCCGGCAGCGCGCCAUACUCAACCAGCACAUACGCAUCCAUUCGGGUGAGAAGCCCUUCGCCUGCCCCGAGUGCGGCAAGCACUUUCGCCAGAAGGCCAUCCUCAAUCAGCAUGUGCGCACCCACCAAGAUGUCUCGCCUCAUCUCAUUUUCAAGAACGGACCGCAUCCGACGCUCUGGCCCUCGGACGUGCCCUUUCCGGGCGAGGAGGCGGACACGAAGGGCGACAUUGCCGUCGCCGGCGGUGGCUACCAUGACGAUGACUCCCAGGGCACACCCGAUGGCAGCGGUGGCAUGCACUAUCCCUCGUACUUUAAGGAUGGCAAGGCAGGUCAAAAGAUACUGCCCGAGGUGCUGCAACAUAUUGGCGUACGGCCGGCGAAUAUGCCGCUCUACGUGCGGUGUCCCAUCUGCGACAAGGAGUUCAAGCAGAAGACGACGCUGCUCCAGCACGGCUGCAUACACAUCGAAUCUAGGCCGUAUCCCUGUCCGGAGUGCGGCAAGCGCUUCCGUCAGCAAUCGCAUCUCACCCAGCAUCUGAGGAUUCACACGAACGAGAAGCCCUUCGGCUGCAUGUACUGUCCGCGCUUCUUCCGCCAGCGAACCAUUCUGAAUCAGCACUUGCGCAUUCACACCGGGGAGAAGCCGUACAAGUGCGGGCAGUGUGGCAAGGACUUUAGACAGAAGGCGAUUCUGGACCAGCAUACGCGAACCCACCAGGUAGGAGAUCGUCCGUUUUGCUGCCCCAUGCCCAACUGCCGGCGACGCUUUGCCACCGAGAACGAGGUGACAAAGCACAUCGACAACCACAUGAAUCCCAACAGCACCAAGGUGCGGCGCCAGCAGCAACAGCAGCAGCAGCAACAGGUGCAGCAGCAACAACAGCAACAGCAGCAGCAGCAACAGGUCCAGCAGCAGCAGCAGCAGCAACAGCAGCAGCAGCAGAACAAUGCGGCCGCCUCAGUCGCUGUGGUCGCCAAUCACCUGAUGAACGAUGCCAAGAGCCUGGUGGCGCAGCAGUUCCUCAACAACAACAAUCCCGCCACGGUGGACAACAAGGCCAACAUAUUGCCCGUGCGCAGCAUGGCGGCCAAUGCGGCGGCCGCUGCAGCGGUUGCCCAGCAAUCGGUGGUCAAGAAUGAGCUAUACUUUCCGCAGUGCUACGGCCCGCCUUUCCAGCAUCCCUUCCAUGCCCAGCAGCAGCAGCAGCAGCAGCAGCCGAGCGCAGCCCAUGCAAAUGGCCCCACGCCGCCCGUGACCGUCACCGUGGCGAAUGCGGUGGCGCCGGGCGUUGUGGUGCAACAGAAUGCGGCCACCUCCGUGGUGGCCCAGUGACAUCCCACCACUGGAGCAGCUGGAGCGCAACAACAACAACAGCAGCAGCAACAGCAGCAGCAGCAACAGCAGCAACAGCAACAGCAAUCGGUGGCGGCAACAACAACAACGCAUCUUGCCCCGCCGCCAGCGCCGCCGACAAGUGCGCAUCAUAUCACGGCAACGGGUGCCGCAACAGCCCCGCCCACAUCCACACACGCCUCGACGGUGGCAGCGCCGCAGACGGUGACAUUGUCCAUAACGCUGCCGCCGCCGCCGCCGCCAUCGGCGCAUCCGCCGCAUCCGCAUGCAGGACAUGCGCUGGCGGCCACGCCCAAUGGCGUUGUGCCCGCGCCGCCGUCUGCGACCCUGUCGCAUGCAAUACCCAUACACCCACACAUACACUCGAUAUUCGGAUCUCUAUGAUGUCAUCAGUGAACCAGCUCUUCACGUCAUCCAACGGCAGCACCGGCAGCAACAAAGCAUAGCAAAAACGAAAACAAUGCUCCAGCCACGCCCACAUUUUGAGUAUGCUAAAAUAUUUGAAAAAAAAAAAAACACAAAAAAAAAGAUGAAUUUUCCAGCCGCACGUUUUCGCAGGAGAAUCGGAAAAGUUGCGAAAUUGAGGCAGAAAAUAAAACAAAAAAAUAUUCACGCUAUUUAAUAGGUUUUCAUGAUAGUUCUGGAUAAGUUCUUUAGUUUAAAAUGCGACAACACGAAAUUCUCCUAGUUUUUAAAAAAGAGUCAAAACACAGUUUUGGUCAGACACAGAACGAAGCAUGAACAGACGAGUACUAGUCUUUUCGAAAAGGACUCUAAACUCCUUUGACACACACACACGUACACACUCACACACACACACACACACACACAACCAUAAACAUCAAAUGCAAAAUGGUAAAAAAAAAUGUGGACCAUUUGGUUCAAGAACUUUGCGUAGAUUAACCAAAACACAACGUUAUACGAUUCCUUUUUCUAUAAAAUUUCGUUUUAGGAUUUUUACUUUUAAAAACUAUCAUAAAAAUAUAACAUAUUUAUAAAGAAGGUUCAUUAACACACAACACGAGUUAUACGAUUUCUAGGCGUACUGUUAGGAUAGUUGGUGAGAGUGCGACAAGGAGAGAGAGAGAGAGGAUCGAGGGAUAGAGAACGAGAGUGGGAGAUUUGUAUGGGGCAGCUAGCGAGAAGGGGAUUGGGGGGGGGUUAAAAAGGCGUCGACGUUGCGCUGAGCAAAUUAUGUUUAUAUCGUUUGGCAAGAAGACAGCAGCUAACUUAUAUGAUUUAUAUAUAAAUAUAUAAUUUUGCUUGUAAUAUUUGAAUAUUCAUUUGAAUUGAUCUUCAGACAACUGAAUUGAAAUAAUAUAAAGGAUUUUAUUUAUAUAGUUUAUUAUGAUUAUGUACACAUAAAACCCUAUUAGUUUACCUUGGGAGUUACUCGUAUCACAAGCUAGCGAAAACUUGCUUAUUUUUAUUGAGAUGUGAUUUUUUUAUUAUAAUUAAAAAGCAACAAAAAAAAAGAAGAUUACAACUAAAAAAUUCGAACAUGCAAUUUAUAUUUAAACAAUUA